AUGGAAGAAUUAAGAGCUGACAAAUUUUUGUUGUGUGCUUUAGCUUGCUUGGCCGUAGCAUCCGCUGAUGUUUCACAUUUAAGUGGAUAUAAUUAUGAACCACCAGCUCGUCAUGAAGUAGCUGCAGCUCCACCACCAGCCCCACCUCCAGCUCCAGCUCCAGAAUAUUUGCCACCAUCAAAACCAGCUCCUGCUCCCGCUCCAGCUCCAGCUCCAGCCCCUGCUCCCGCUCCGGCUCCACAUCAUGCACCAGCCCCUGCCCCAUCACAUCACGCUCAUGCCCCUGCUGCACAUCAUGCUCCAGCUCCACAUCAUGCACCAGCCCCCGCUCCAGCACAUCACGCUCAUGCCCCUGCUGCUCAUCAUGCUCCGGCACCAGCACCAGCUCCAGCACCAGCUCCAGCACCAGCGCCAGCACCUGCACCAGCCCCACAACAAGAAUACUUGCCACCUCAAUCAGCACCUGCUCCAGCUCCUGCACCAGCACCUGCUCCAGCACCAGCACCAGCACCUGCACCAGCCCCAGCAAUCGCACAUGCAUCAGCACCUGCACCAGCCCCAGCUCCCGCACCUGCCCCAGAACCAGCACCAGCUCAUGAGUUAGCCGAUGACGGUUACCGUUAUAGAGCUAUUAAACGUUAUAGAUAUAGAUACAGAUAUUAG